CUCCAGGGAGAGAGAGAUGAGGAGCAGAUCCGGGACUGCACCAUGCCAGCCGGCCUCCACCUAUCCCUGGCCGCCCUGUGCCUGCACCUCCUGCCCGUCACCAUCCUGCUGCUGCUGCCUGCCGAUGCCUACUUCGGACUAACAAGCAAGGAGUCCCUCUCUCACUAUACAUCACCUGCGAUUGGCAGCACCCACAGCCGACCCCACCUAAAACAGUGUGAUCUGCUGCCUUUGACCCGCCGCCAGCGGAGACUGUGCAGGAAGGAGCCCGGCCUGGCAGAGGCCCUAAAGGAAGCUGUACGACUGGGCAUUGUGGAGUGCCAAUUCCAACUGCGCAGUGAACGCUGGAACUGCAGCCUACAGGGCAGGGGAAGCCUCUUGAAAAGAGGAUUUAAAGAGACGGCAUUCCUGUAUGCGGUGUCGGCUGCAGCGCUGACUCACUCGUUGGCCAAGGCCUGCAGCGGAGGCAAGAUGGAGCGCUGUACAUGCGAUGACUCUCCUGGCCUGGAGAGUCAGCGAGCUUGGCAGUGGGGGGUGUGCGGGGAUAAUCUGCGACACAGCACUCGCUUUCUGCAGAACUUUUUGGGCCAAAAAAAGGGGGGAAGAGACACAAGAGCCAAAGUGGACCUACAUAAUACUCAUGCUGGCAUUAAGGCUGUAAAGAGUGGGUUGAAGACAACAUGCAAGUGUCACGGAGUUUCAGGGUCCUGCGCAGUACGCACCUGCUGGAAACAGCUUUCCCCCUUCCACGAGACGGGAGCUCUGCUCAAAGCAAAGUAUGACAAUGCCGUCAAAGUCCUAGGAGCAACAAAUGAGGCAGUGGGGGGCCACGAGUCUCUAGGACAUUCCUUCGCUGGCCGUGCUCUGCGCUCUACAGAUAUGGUUUAUUUAGAGGACUCUCCAAGCUUCUGCCGGGCCAGUCGCAUCUCUCCUGGGACUGCAGGCAGAGUAUGCUUGAGAGAGACUACAUGCGACAGUCUGUGUUGUGGUAGAGGGUACAACACCCAAAGCCGAAUGGUCACUUUUUCCUGCCAUUGUCAAGUGCACUGGUGUUGCCACGUGGAGUGUCAGAAGUGCGUUCAGCAGCAGGACACCUAUCUUAAAAGGCAAGGGGUACAUCAUGUGACUUUUUCAGACUACAGGAACUGA